CCCAGACCUCAUUUAAGGGUUGGCAGCCCAGAUGUGGGUACCUUGUUGGAGGUCCCUGCACACUUGAGGCUUUCUAAAGGCUGUUAAUGGAGAAGAGGGCGAAUGACAGCCGGGACCGUGGUCAUCACAGGUGGAAUAUUAGCAACUGUCAUUUUACUCUGUAUCAUUGCUGUCCUCUGCUACUGUAGGCUCCAGUACUACUGCUGCAAGAAGGAUGAAUCCGAGGAGGAUGAGGAGGAGCCCGACUUCGCCGUGCACUCCCACAUCCCUCCGCUCCACUGCAACCGCAACGUAGUGCUGACCAACGGGCCAUCCCUCUACAGCUCCUCACCCUUCAGCAAGAAGGCAACGCCGAGUCGCAGCGGCUGCCCGGGCUGCGGGCAGUAUGAGCCCCCAACCUUCUUCUUGCAGGAGCCUCCCGAGGAGCUGCACAACGGCGGGGACCGGGUCAGUUUCCAGACCGUCAGCCAGGAGGAGCUCGACCUGCCGGUGAGCGUGGGUAACCUGCAGGCUCUCAACCCCAACCGGCUCUCAGCCAUGCGUGAAGCCUUCUCCCGCAGUCGCAGCAUCAGCACCGACGUGUGAGCCUGGCGCUGCACGGAGGACUUCUUAUAAUCCAUCACAGUGUUUUAAAAUAAAAUUAAAAAAAAAAAAAAAAAAAAAAAGCGGAGUUGGGGGGGGGGGGGGAGGGGGAAAAGUUGAAUGUAAUGUAAUCUGCUGCAUAGGCAGAGAUGAGCUAAACUUCAGUAUAAUGGAAGGGGAAGUGAGGGUGGCUUGGUGGCAGCUGGGACAUGAGGUUUUCUA